AGAGGUCAGUUUCUGACUAAACAUUUGAUGAAAAUGCAUAAUUACCAUUGGCCUUCGGGUCAUUCCAGAUUCAGAUACCGUAAAGACAAAGAUGGAAUCUACCGCUUGCAAACGGUUCGAUACGAGAGUCUUGAAGUCACUGAAGAGAUGAUUAGGAGUGAGUCGAUGCAAAAAAGUGAUGGCGCGUCGCUUGGUUCUGAUGAUAAGAAGGAUUACUGUAUAUCUGUCUCGUGCAGUAACGAAGCCUUCGCGUCAGGCGAAGAUAUUAUAAUUAUGAUCACGGAUGUUGACGAACAAGGAAAUAUUAUUCAGACGAAGAUGGUGGAAUCUGGUACCGUUGUAGAGGAAAAAAUCCUGCUGAAAAGUCCGGUGGUUGGGCUUCCAAAUUUGGACGAAUCGGAUGAUGAGCCACCGACCUGAUCCAGAUGGAUGAACUAAUCUGAGAAAUGUCUAUCACUGUUUGUUUCUGUGUUCAAUUGAUUAUAUCUUCGUUUGUUACAUACAUGAUUUAAUACAUAUUUCUAUUGAAGAUAUUUGUGAUUUUUUCAAAUAGCAACGUGUUUAAGAACGGUACUAACAAAUACGGUAGGUACCAACGUAUUUUUUUUUUCGAGUUGGAAACAUUCCUUAAAACUUACUAAAUGUAUUUCGGAGAUAUCUGGAUCUUUUGAAGUUUUGAAGGAGAUGCAAUGACGUCGCUGUUGGUCUUAUGACCAGGACCGAC